ACGUCGUUUUUCGCCCGGCCGAGAAAAUUGGGAUGCCAUCGUAAGACCGUUACCGCCGACUUGACUAACACCAGGUGCGAUGUGAGUGAGGUGCAGCCGCGUCGUCCGGAAAACCGUUUUCCUCUGGCUCUCCUCUCGCUGUCAUGUUUUUCUUAAAGUGUGCGUCGUCAAAAUGGAAGUAAUGACGGAAUGAAACAGGUCUUCGCCUUCCUCCUUCUGCUGACGUCUGUUCUCGCUGAAAACCCCUCCCAGAAUGCCCACUGUCAGAGUAGAUUUCUUUCUAACACAGUCUCUCCAGCCAGACUGACCACCGACGUGUCCAGCCUCGCUAGGGGCAUCGCUAGUAAAAUCGGCCAGAACCACAACAUCUCCACCAUCUCCAGAGAGCUGCUGUCCGACCACCGAGACGUUUUAGCGGUGAUUCUAGUAACGAAGCAGGACUCGGCUCUGGCAUUAAACAUUAGCGGUAGGCUGAAGAUUUUCCCGAACAGGACCGUGGAGACUGAUAUUUUUUGGAGGUCUUUCAAUUUAACCGAUAACGGUUGGGGCAGGCCGUUCAAGGACUGCAAUUUCCUACGUACGUGGUUGUACAGCUAUUUUUUUAAGUCCGCCGGCUAUGGGGUAGGUCUGCUCAUCGGAAUCGACUUGAACCAGUGCGAUCGGACGUUGAGUGAGAUCUACAAUGGGACUCAUAGGUGCGAUCUGGAAACUACCGAGUGUGUGAGGCACGGGGGACCGACCGAACAAAGUGGGAAAUAUCGAUGUUCUUGUCGAAGGGGAUUUUUCUACCCCAAUGCCAACUUAUCUUGGGACGGCAUCCCCGGCGAGGAUAUCGAGAGUGGACGUAUUGAUUCAAUGGGGUGCCAGCCUUGUCCCGCAGGAUGCCAGAUUUGUGAGCAGAACGGCCUUUGUACGGUGGAGAAAGACGUUUACCUGAAAACAGCCAUCCUCUGCAUACAACUGUCCUGCAUGGGUGUCACCGUUAUCUUAGGGCUAAUUGUUUUUAAACAGCGUAAAACUAAAGCUAUAGCGUCUGGUAUGUGGACCAUAUUGGAAACAAUACUUUUAGGAAUUUUCAUAUUAUACUCCACAGUAGUGGUAAAGUUCUUCGAACCCUCAGUAGUGCAAUGCCUCCUGGAGCCGUGGACGAGAGAGGUGGGGUUCAUCAUCUGCUACGGUGCGGUUAUCCUGAAGCUGUACCGCCACCUCAUCGAGUUCCGCACAAGGAAGGCUCACAGAUGGGUGGUAAAGGACACCGAUCUGCUUAAAUACCUGCUUAUCAUGAUCAUGUCGGUGCUGGGCUACAUGGCGGCAUAUACCUCCAUCACCCUCAACUUCAUGCAGGAGAACUACAGCUUGCUCUAUCUGGGCCGGACGGUGGACGGGGAGGUGUACAAGGCUUGCAAGCCCCUCUGGUGGGACUACGUGACGGAGACGGGCGAGCUCAUCAUCCUCAUCUUCGGGAUACAUCUCAGCUACGCGAGCAGGAACGCUAGGACGCAGUUUCACGAAAGAAGUUUUUUAUGCGCGGCCAUCAGUAUUGAACUCGCGGUCAGUACACUGUUCUACGUCGCUCGAGUGCUGAUUUUUCCAGGUCUCCAUCCUGAUUUAGUGCUUAUCGUUUAUUGUAUCAGGACGCAACUCUCCCAGACGCUAGGACUCGUCCUCAUAUUCUUCCCCAAGUUCUGGUACCAGCAGAAGCAGGUCAGGAAUCUAGCGCAGGAGUACUCCUGCAGGAUACCCGUGGACGCCUUCAAAGACGUGAACGCGCAUGGACCCUUAACGGGCAACAAUAGUGACGUGGACGUGGGUGAGGUAACUCUGGCGGACAUGAGUCCCGACGACAUCAGAGCGGAGCUAAAGAGGCUGUACCUGCAGCUGGAGAUCUUCAAAAGCAAGACCAUCUGCCGCGACAAUCCUCACAUCUCAAAGCGAAGGGGUGGCAGGAAGGCUCAGCAUCGACGAUUCAGUUUACAGAAAAAGGGCAGCAGAGAGAAGAAUCUGCACGGGAAGCACAAAGACAAAGACCGUCACAAGCACCAGGAGGAGGUGACAGAAGCAGAACCGUCGAGGACGCCAGAAGAUUCUGUCUGCAGCAAUGAGGGUCCCAGCGCCAUCUAUGCUGACCUACCCUCCACUACUCAGAGCGACCACAAAUAGAAACGCACAACUGUACUUAAUGUUCCAAGGAACGAGUCCCUUUCCGUGUGAUAUCGAUCAUCGACAAAUGAUAAUUCAAAGAUGUAAAGUAAAUUUUCGUGUUUUUUGAUAUUUUGGAGGGAAGUUUUGUGAAAUGAAGAAAGCUAGCCAUAAAAGAAGCACCUCUACUAAUCAUCUGAUAACACAAAGAUACUGUGGACUCGGUUCUUGGAAUAUUUUUGAAUAUUAACAGUAUUACUAUUAUUAGCAUCUAAAACUAAGUUAUUAUAAACCUGCAACAGGAUUAGUAGAGUAUUAAAAUAUUGGGAAAGUGCUCACAAAGAUGUAAGUCAACUUUUCAUCAAAUUUAAUAAGUAGGUUUUUUUAGUUAACAUCCACAAAUACACUUAAAAAAAACAAUAACUUUUGGAGCAGCAGAUGAAAACUGAGUUAAUUGCACGUUUUUAUUUACAGCGAUUCGUGUAAACAAAGUCAGCCGAGCUAAUAGAGUCAAUGGUUCCAAAAAUGUUUCUUCGUAUUAUUGUUAUAUCAGUCGGAAUUCAAUAUGAAGUUUAUUCUAUUUGCAAAAAAUAUUUCUGUCGAUCGAGCCUUCGUGUCUUAACAGUAAAAAGCUAAAAGAUAAACAAACAAAAAUUAACAGGUAUUUCUCCUGCCUAUUCAAAAGCGUAUAAAAAUUGGGCCGUCAAAGUAAAAGAUUUUAUAAAGUUCUAUAAUGACUCCCAUAGAAAUUGUCAAAAUUCACUAUUUUCCUUCCCAUUGCAGCCUCCGUAAUCGUGGAAAGCCCACAACGAAAAAUUAUCCAACCUACACAAUGACACCAAAAUCACUCCGAUCGAACCGACCCUGCGCCCAGCGAUCGUGACCGAACAUUUGUUACACUUUCUAAGUUUAUAAACCUCCUAUACAGAUUAUUUAUUUUUUCUAACAUCUACCUAAAUAUUUUCAGUGUUAAAAAACAUUAUUUUAAUAAUCACGACCAUUGACCAUUGAAGCUUUUUACUAUUUUGAAAAAUUCUGCCACCAUGUAAAGUUUUAUUCAUGCAAUUCGUAAUACCCUGCAUCUUUAUCGAGUUAUUCAAUUUUUCCAAGGUAAAGCACCCAGUUAAACGGAAUAUUUUUAUAUUCGAACCGAUUUCAGCAAUUUCAACAAAUCUACUCCAUUAUUUAAUUGCCCUUGUUGUGGACCACCCAGAGCGUCGGGCACAUAAUCCUUACGUUAUUACCCCGUUUCUUGCUUAUUUAGCUACCUGAUAAAUUAAGUGUCGUAAACAAAAACAUCUUAAUUUAAAUAUAAAGCGAAUUUUAAUUAAUGGACUGGGUAAAAUGCUCAAAAUACAUCCUUGUGAGCGUUUUCACGAAUCGAUUUACGUAAAAGCCUGACCCCCAACCGCCUGCAUCCUGCAGAAAAAUACGUCCAUGACCCGAACUGUUUUUUAAAUCAGACUAUUCGUGCUAAUUGGCUUCGUUUAGGUAUUUCAAGACAUUUUAUAUCAUGUUAAACAGCUUUAGAGACUCUAGGUGCUUGAAUCAAUUGUUAAAAUGUUUGUUUUUGUAAGAUUAGAUUUACACGGUAUGGGACCAAACUAGUCCUACGUAGAACGUCUUGCUGUACGGAAGAAACGUGAAAAAAAGGUUAGAUUGCGAUUAGUUUGCUUUUUUGUGAAGUCGCGGUGGUCAUAUUUGACCUUCGUUUUCACAUUUCUUCCGUCGAGGAAAAAGCAUUUACAAAAUUUGAAAAUGUGCAUAAAUAACGUUUAUUUCCGUUUGUAAAUAAUUGUA